UUCGCGGUGUGAGUUCAGGUUGUACUGCAGGAACAGACACCAUUGUGAUAUCGCCAUUCGAGGCAUCUAUUCCUCUCGAGCAUCAUAUAUCCUCCCCUCCUUCAGACCUACUACCACCCAGACCACCGAGCCAGGAAAGGGCUGAGUCGCAGUCAUGGCCACGGCCACGGUCACGCAGUUCGUCACCCAGACGGUGAACUCCACGGCAGCGACGGCCACGAGCACGCAUCGAGCAACACCCCAAGGAGGUAUCCUGGAGGGCGUGGAUCCAACCCACUAUGAUCCCAAGAAUCCCAUCAUCCUAUUCAUCAUCCAAGCCGGCAUCAUCAUCAUCUUCUGCCGUCUCCUCCAUUGGCCUUUGUCCAAGAUCCGCCAGCCUCGUGUGAUUGCAGAAGUCAUUGGGGGCAUCUUACUUGGUCCUUCCGUGAUGGGACGCAUCCCAGGCUUCACCGCCGCAGUCUUUCCCACCGCUUCGAUACCGAAUCUCAAUAACGUUGCGAACCUCGGCCUCGUCCUAUUUCUAUUCCUCGUUGGGUUGGAAGUGGACCUGAGAUUCUUCUUCAGCAAUUGGAAAGUCGCAUUGAGUGUGGGCGCUGUGGGAAUGAUACUACCCUUUGGAUUUGGAUGUGCAAUAGCUUGGGGUUUACAUCAUCAGUUCCAGGGUGAGCCGAAUAUUGUGGACAUCAGUUUUGGGACAUUCAUGUUGUUCAUUGGUAUAGCUAUGGCUAUUACUGCGUUCCCCGUGCUGUGUCGUAUCUUGACGGAGCUGCAACUGCUCCAAACUUCUGUCGGCAUCAUCACGCUUUCAGCGGGAGUGACCAAUGAUGUCGUGGGAUGGAUUCUUCUCGCUCUCUGUGUUGCACUGGUCAAUGCUGGAAGUGGUUUGGCUGCGCUCUGGGUCUUGCUGACCUGCAUUGGCUACGGAUUGUUCCUCUUCCUCGCUGUCCGGCCCGUCUUCAUUUGGUACCUGCGACGAAGCCGAGCUCUGCAGGACGGACCAUCCCAGGCCGUGAUUGUGACUACGCUGUUGAUCGCCCUGGCAUCGGCUUUCUUUACCGGUGUUAUUGGUGUCCACGCCAUCUUUGGCGCGUUCAUGGCUGGCCUGAUUUGUCCUCACGAAGGUGGUUUCGCUAUCAAGAUCACGGAAAAGCUCGAGGACUUGGUCGGCGCCCUGUUCUUGCCGCUCUACUUUGCACUGUCUGGUCUAUCCACCAACAUCGGACUGCUCGAUAAUGCCAUAACUUGGGCCUAUGUCGUUGGCGUGAUAGCAGUCGCCUUCAUCGCAAAGUUCGUUGGAGGAACUAUUGGAGCGAAGAUCAAUGGGCUCGUCUGGCGCGAGUCCUUUACCAUUGGAGCCCUCAUGUCGUGUAAAGGCCUGGUUGAGUUGAUUGUACUCAACAUUGGUCUGCAAGCCCGCAUAUUGAGCACGAGGACCUUUACUAUUUUCGUAGUCAUGGCAUUGGUCACUACUUUCGCCACCACUCCCCUGGUGCAGCUGCUCUAUCCUCCAUGGUACCAGCGCAAGCUCGAAGCGUGGAAGCGUGGCGAAAUCGACUGGGAUACCGGCAGGCCGCCCAGCAGCUCGGAAAGUGACAUUGUACCUCACGAGAACGAGGAGUUCUCCAAGGUGCGAAACCUUCUCGUCUACCUGCGUUUAGACAACAUGCCCACCUUGCUGGCGUUUGUGUCUUUAUUGGGCACGAAAGCCACGGAAAUUGUAAACAAGGAGCAUCCCAUGAAGGGAGGUGAGAAGUUUGUGGAGGAUUCUCAGGCGAUUGAGAAGUCCCAGAGAGUCAACGUUCAUGGCGUUCGCCUUCUGGAGCUCACGGAGCGAGGCUCUUCUGUCAUGAAGGUGACAGAGGUGGACGAGUACUCCCUCCUUGACCCCAUCAUCAACGCCUUUAGAGUAUUGGGGCAAAUGUUUAAUCUUUCUGUCUCGGGCGAGAUUACCGUUGUCCCCGAAAGCAACUUCGCCGAUACGCUUAUUCAAAAGGCUGUGGAAGAAGUCUCCGACCUGCUCCUCAUCCCGUGGAGUGAGACUGGAACGUUGAGUGAAAAGCAGGCCGUUUCGAACGACAGCAUUCAAAUCAAACUCGCGAGCGAAUCGUACAGCACAUUCGUGCAGGAAGCACUCAACACGCCGCAAUGCAAUACGGCCGUAUUCAUCAACCAAGGCUUCUCCGGAUCGCUGAAGCCAAAGCAAUGGUCUCUGCCUUGCUCGCUGAGCGCCAUGAGUGUCCGAAGUCAACGAGGUCACAACACGACAUUUCUCAACGUGGAUCAGAGUCAUCACAUCUUCAUGCCAUAUUUCGGCAUGGGUGCAGACGACUUGGUAGCUUUGCGUAUCGUGCUGCAACUUGCAGAGAACCCAGGGGUGACGGCUACCAUCGUACACUACGAAUCGGAAGAGAGUAUCGAAACUUACGCCGAGGAUGUCACUCCCACGAAACCAUCAGAGUCGAAGAAAAUGGAGAUUCUCAGAGUUCUCUCAUUGGGGACGAAGACUGAAUCUACCACUGGAGGUCCCUCUGCACUCUUCACCACACUCCGAAAGUCCAUGUCCGCAGACAUGGCUCGGCGCGUGGUUUUCGACACGGUACGGCAUAGCAAGGAUCCGGUCCAGGAUGCACUGGCCCAGGCGCAGCAAGAGGUUGGUCAGAAUCCCAAGAAUGGAGGCGAUAUUAUUGUGGUUGGCAGAAAUGUGAAUCAUUUCAAACAGAGCGGCAGCACCAGCAGCAUCACAUCUGACUGUCUCGGAACAGCUGCAGAUACUUUUGCUGGCAGCGGCAUCAAAGCGAGCUUACUCGUGGUACAGGCGAAAGACUCUGGAUUGGCAUCGUGAUGCGAUUUGGUGUGCAUGGAAUGGGAGUUUUAAGUCAUGUUCAUAUCAGAGAUACCUUACCUGUCCAUGG